AUGUCUCAGCUCGAUGAUGAGGAUAUUGAAAAUUUACUGCAGCAAUCUGACCUAGAGGAUAUAGGUGAUGAUGAGGACGACACAUGGGCCCCGGAUGCUGAAAAUGACGGUUUAUCUGAUGAUUCUGAGGACGACAUGCCUCUGUCUUCACUGCCGAUUUCUCGUGAAUCUGAUGAUGGAAAAUGGAUUAAAAAGAAGUUCCGUGGUAGGCCUACCGCAGUCCAACAGCCUCCAGACCCAGGUGAGCCACCAAAAUCGCCAGCAGAGUAUUUUGAAAACUAUUUUACUGAGGAAUUAUUUGAACAGUUUUCGACUGCCACUUCACAGUACUAUAUAGCUGAAAAGGGGUGUGCAAUGAAGCCACAAUGCUCGCCAGACGAAUAUGACCCUACAAUAGAGGAUUCUUAUAGAAAGCAAGUUGUGAUUGACGGUGAAACUUGCCUUCUGGAUAUCUUAGAUACGGCUGGUCAAGAGGAAUACUCCGCGAUGAGAGAUCAAUACAUGCGGACAGGUGAAGGUUUCCUAUUAGUUUUUGCAGUGAAUAGUGCAAAAAGUUUUGAGGACAUUGGGUCAUACAGGGAGCAAAUCAAGCGAGUGAAGGAUGCAGAGGAAGUACCGAUGGUCCUUGUAGGCAACAAGUGUGAUCUCCAGGCAUGGGCAGUGGACAUGACGCAGGCGCGAGAGGUAGCACGAAGUUACGGUGUACCCUUUGUAGAGACAUCAGCCAAGACACGAAUGGGCGUCGAUGAUGCCUUCUACACCCUAGUUCGAGAAAUCCGCAAAGACAAGGAGAGCCGCGGCAAAAAGUAUAGGAGAGGGAACAAGAUCGGCUCACGGCGGAGGAUCAAGUGUGAACUACUCUAA